AUGGUUCUGAUUCAGCCGUUUUUCGGUGGGACCAAGAGGACAGCGUCCGAGUUGAGGCUCGCGGAGGAUGGGACUAUACCUCAGCCAAUUACUGAUAUGAUGUGGAACCUGUCAUUGCCGGUUGGCGUUGACCGUGAUAGUGAGUAUUCCAAUCCGACGGUGGAUGGUGGGGCUAAGGUUUUGGAUCGGAUUAAGGAGCUUGGAUGGAGGGUUGAAGUGUUUGGGUGUGAAGGAGAUCCACUGGUUGACCGGGGGAGGGAGUUAGUGCAACUGCUCAAGGGUAAGGGUGUCCGUGUGAUGGGGCACUUUUAUGAAGGACGUCGCCAUGGGAUUUUCAUUGGUGAUCCUUCAAUGUCUACUAAGACAGACAAACGUUUGAAAGGCUUCAUUAGUCAUCUGACUUUAGCUUUGGGAACCUCCAUGGCCUAUUUUAAACUGUCUAAUCAGGGAAAAGAGAAGAAUUGGCAAAUUAUUGUGUCACUAUCCAUUGAUUAA